AUGUCCAUCCGCUCUCACAGAACGAAGUCAUAUGGCAUGCCCCUCUUCGCUCUCGCCCUGAAUCUCUCCUGGGAACUCAUAUACGCGGCCCGCGUCGCCGAACACCCUCUCGAACGUCUCGGCUUCCUCGUCUGGCUCCUCCUCGACGUACCGCUCGUCUACACGACUCUGAAGAACGCGAAAUAUGAGUGGCGCCACGCGCCGCUUGUCGCGCAGAACAUUGGCGCUAUACUUGCGGUCAUGGUCGCCCUUGGAGCCGCGGCGAACUACGCCAGCAAGUGGUGGGCCGGACGGGAGGGGUUCGACUGUACGGAGCUCGCGUUCUGGACGGCCGGUCUGGCGCAGUUCGCCGUUGGGACUGGGUGUCUUGCCAUGUUGCUCGUCAGGGGCCACUCUGGGGGCACAAGUUAUGCGAUCUGGUUCUGCAGGGCACUUGGCACCCUCACCGGCUGGAUUGGAUCAACCGGUCUGCUUUGGUGGUACUGGCCAGAGCCCCAUGGUUUCUUCGUCAACCCCAUGGGCAUCUUCCUCAUGACGACCUGUUUGGCUUGCGACAUUGCGUACCCGUUCAUUCUCGCCGUAGUGCGGAGAAGUGAGCAGGUCCUCUCGGACGGCAGGCUUGUUUCUGGAAUAUCGGUCAAGCAGUCAGCCGCGCCAAUAAUGAAGAAAAGGCUAUGAUUUCGGGAAUAACAUGGAGGAGCACGAUACUCGUCGAUGAAGAGUUCUUGGCCCGGGUUUCCGGCAAGUAGCGUCACUUAUUCAUCGGCUGCCACUCUGCUAGACUUGGGCCCUUGAAUGAGAUAACGAUAGAACUUUGGUAGAACCGUAGAAAUCUGAAGAUGGCCUGGUGAUAUUCGAGACCCCUACCGACCGAGGUAGCGUCGGCCGCCGAGACUCCAGACGCCCGUUAUCUGUCACCGAUGUGGAUCUACUGGCCGGCUUGAAAACCUCGAG